AUGCCUGUGGUCAGUGCCAUUUCCUCUCGGAUCAUUAAAACCCCCCGGCGGUUUAUCGAGGACGAAGACUAUGACCCGCCGAUUAAAAUCGCGCGCCUGGAGUCCACGCCCAACAGCCGCUUCGGCGCCGCGUCCUGCGGGUCGUCCGAGAAGUCCAGCGCCGCCUCGCAGCGCUCCUCGCAGGCGUCCUCCGACUCCUCGCGCUCCAGCAGCCCCAGCGUCGACACCUCCACCGACUCGCAGGCCUCCGAGGAGAUGCGGGGGCUGCCCGAGGAGCAGGGCGACCCCCCCGAGGCCCACGCUCCGCUGCCCGUGUCGCAGGCCCCGGAAACCGACGGCAACGACCGGCGGGGCAGGAGGUACUCGGUGUCCGAGAGGAGCUUUGGAUCGAGGGCGACCAAGAAGCUGUCGGCCCUGCAGGGCGCCCCGCAGCAGCAGCUGGCCUCGCCCUUCCUGCCCGCGCCCGCGGCCCUGCAGGGCAAGCGCAAGUCCAUCCUGCGGGAGCCCACCUUUCGGUGGACGUCGCUGAAGCACUCGCGGGCCGAGCCGCAGUACUUCUCCUCCGCAAAGUAUGCCAAAGAAGGCCUCAUUCGCAAGCCCAUAUUCGACAACUUCCGACCUCCGCCGCUCACCCCCGAGGACGUNGCGGGCCCCGCGGCCUCCGCCCGCCUCUUCGCGCCGCUGCACCCCGGCACCAGGUUCGACGUGCACAAGAGGAGCCCGCUGCUGCGAGCGCCGCGCUUCACGCCCAGCGAGGCGCACUCGAGAAUAUUUGAGUCCGUGACCCUGCCCGGGACGCGAACCUCGGCCGCGGCGUCCUCGGGGGCGUCGAGCAGGAAGAGGAAGAGAAGGGUGUUCAACCCGGUGCGGCCGGAGCCGCGCUCGCCCUCCCACUCCAUGAGGACGCGCAGCGGGAGGCUGAGCGCCGCCGAGCUGUCCCCGCGCAGCCCGCCGUCCUCCGUGGCCGCCUCCUUGAGCAUUUCUGUGAGCCCCCGCGCCACCAGUGCCUUAAACUCAACCUUCACCUUCCCUUCUCACUCGCUGGCUCAGCCCGGGGAGGCUGCGGAGCGCACCCCGCGCCCGCGGAACCCCGCCCCGCUCUUCCCCUGGUUCACCCCCGGCCCCCAGGCGGAAAGAGGGCGGAACAAGGACCGGGCCUCCGAGGAGCCGAGCAAAGACCGCGAGGCCGACAGGGCCGUGGAGAAGGACCGGAGCCGGGAGAGGGCGCGCGAGCGCGAGAAGGAGAACAAGCGCGAGUCCCGCAAGGAGAAGCGGCGGAAGGCGUAA